CUCUUGUUGAAUGUCGAAACACGUUGAGUGAUGAGUUUUAAUAUUUUAUAGAUUAAAGUAGUAAUACAAUGUUCAGAAACAAAUCAGAUGUGGAUAAGCGCGUUUCUGCGCUCCUUUACAAUGCUAAAAAUGAACACGAGCGUAACUUGAGAUGUUACAAUAUAGCUUUGCUUUACUAUAAAGCUCAUGAUUUUGAAUCCGCCCAGCGAUAUGCGACUAUGUAUCUGACUGUAAGGGAUGAUUCAGCUGCUGCCCAUAAACUCCUUGGACAGGCGUAUGAAAAACUAGGCCAAAAAGACAAGGCCAUCGCUUCGUAUUCGAAAUCAUUAAAAUUAGAAUCUGAUCAAUCAGACCUAAUUCUCAAAAUUUGUGAACUGUUAAUCGAUAAAGAUGUUGAAUUUGAUCCACAGUUAGCUCGCUAUUGGUCUGACCGAGCUUCUUUACUAUUUCCACAUUCAACUCCAGUUUUCAUGUUAAAAGAAAAACUUAUGAUGUCAGAUUCUUCUCUCGCCUCUGAAGAUUUAGAAGAGCUGCUUCAUGCUGAAUUAAAAACAAAGCCAACUGAUAUGAAUACUCGUAUAAAACUGUUGAAAUUGUAUGCAGAAUCUGGAAGGGUUGAAUUAGCUCUAAAUCAUGCGUUUGAAGUUGAAGCCAGGCAAAGUCAUAGUUCACUUAUGUGGUAUCGAUGUAUUAAUGACAUUUGUAAGGUUUAUAAUAGAGACAAUCUUGCUAAGUGUAACUGGGAGUUUUACCUACAGUGGAUUUCAGUUCUUGAUCGCAUGUGCUCUUUUUGUAUAUCAGAAACAUCUAGCAUAUUUGACAUAUCUGAAGUCACAGAAUGUAUUUACAACUUAGACCAGACUAUACAUCAAGCGAAGCUAUCUCUAAAAGGUCCUGAAGUAUUCAAAGAAUUUUUAAAGUAUAUUUCAUCACAACUGCCAUUUUACUUAGGUGUUCUCUUGUUGAAAAAAGCCAAAAAGGAAACCUUUUGGAAAGAAACAAAAAAGCUUGUGAGUCCUCUGUUUUUCUUGGCUUUAUUACCUCCUCCUGUUAGUGACGCAUCUUGGACUGCUUCGAUUAAAGAUAAUUUCAAAAAACUCAUUAACACCUGGGUUCAUCAUUCCAAUUGCAGAAUCGUUCAAGCAGGUUAUGUCUUAUUGAAUCUUUCUAAAGAAAAUCAUUCAGAAAAAAUGUUUAUUGACAAAGUAAGUCAUUUCAUUUGUGGUGAUUGGCGAUCUCAAAUUUUUGAGAAAUGCUUUCAUGAUGUUAAACAAUGCAAUGCUUCUAAUUCACAUUUCAUGACCGGAGUUGAGUUUUCUAAGGUGCUAUUGAAGAUGCCUUCCAGUAAUAGUUUCAGAUCUUCUUUAUAUGUAUCAAGCUUUGAAAAUGCUUAUUUUGGAUCUCUCCAUCAUUUGGUGUGGUUAGGUCUUCAACAGUUAAAGAAAACAUCCAUUUCAGAAAUUAAGCUGCCUUCAUUUCGUACUACUUGUUUCAAAUCUUUACAAUUUACCAUAAGUAAUUUAAACAAUAUUGGAGUUGAAACCAUCAAUCAGUUGGAUAUUGACUCUUUUCUUUAUGCUACUGUUUUUUGUGCUGCUGCAGUUUUAGAAAAUCAUAAAACUAAUGGUUAUCUCUCCGAGGAAAGAAUGCAAGUGUUACCCGCUGUUAUUUCUCCUCAGAUGUGCUCUUCAGAACAAUCAAAAUGGUGGCUACAUGUUUGCAGUUUAGUGAGGGGUGGUUUAUUUACAGAAAUCAAUUCUAGUGAAAACAUUUCUGAUCUUCGCUUCACUUUGCAGAGAGGUUUGGAAAUUAUACGAGGAGAAGGCUUACCUCCUUUAUUAAUUGUUGCAAUUGCCAGGACAUUUGCUUCCAGGGCUUUGAUUUCGGAGAUACAUGAAGAGUCUGAGGGUUGUCAAGCUAGAGCCUUGCAUUUGUGGAAGCUUGUUUAUCCUAUUCUUGAGAGCUAUGCGUUGAACAGAUCCUUCAUUUCGCCAGCUAAGACAAAUACUUUCUUCGAUUUUCCUGUCAGAGAUUUAAAUUCACAAGAUGCUAAGAAAUUAUUAGAAGAGGCGAAGUUUUUUAUUGGGUGUCACUACAUGAAUACAAAUCAGUUUGAAAAAGCAAUAGAAGAAUUUAAAACUCUCAAAUCACCUCAGGCUAUAUUUAAUUUAGCUAUGGUAUAUCAUAAGUGGGCUGAGGUACAAGUAGAAGAUUUGAGAGGUGAAGAAAUUACUUCUGAAAUUCGUUGCAGACAUGUUGUUUUAGCAUCUAAAGCAAGAGAAUACUUGGUGAAAGUAAGGGCACUAAUAAGGAACGAUUCCAAACACCCUCUUUAUUCAAGCAUUGAGACCAAACUUUUAGACAUUGAUGAAAUGCUUGCCAGAAUUGAACCGGAAAAUAGUACAUCUGAAAGAGAUGCGAAUGGUACUCUUGAUGGCAGUUUAUCAGGUGGCAGUGGUGGUACUCCUGCUUUUGCUGAUUUGAAUAUGAUGAUGUCUUCCACACAUCGUAAUAGAUUGCAUCAUACUAGUACUCCUCGGAGAAUGCAGGAGCAGAAAACAAACAAUUUUAACAUGUCAGAAUUAAUAGACCUCCUCAGUGUUCAGCAUUCGACUAACCAGUUAAAAAUGCAGCAAGUAUUAGAACAAGUUAGAUUAAUAGUAGAUAAAGUUGAGAAUUCAACUUCUGAACAACGGAGUCUCAUUGAUGGAUUGACUAAUAGACUUAAUAAUUUUGAAGCUGAAAUAAAAAACAACAUUGCUGAAAUUAGAAAAGACAUUAAAAGACCUGAUCUUUGUAACAUGUUUGAAGAAGAUGAUUAUACAGAUGAAAUGCUGCAGUAUCAGAACUAUUCUCAAUAUUAUCAACAUCCACAAAGAGCGGUUCAGAAUUCAGCUGCUGCUAUACCAUAUGCAAAUCAGUAUUUUUCACCUCGCCUUGAUCCACUUUAUCAAGGAAACAUAAGUUUUUAUAACCAAGGUGCUUUACAAUUCAGUGAAGGGCAGCAGUUACCUGAUUUCCUCCGUGCAAUUCCUCCGGGUAGUCAGAAGUUGCCACAGCCUCUAUUACAUCAGGGUGGGGUUCAAGCUCCAUUUAGUCAUAUUGCAGGAGUGCCUGGUACCAGUAAAACUCCUGUACAUCCUAAUGUUAUUCCUAGUAAUUUAGUAUUACCUACGGAACCUAUACCAUCUGUAUCCCAUCAACCACAUCCACCUUUAAGUGUUAGCAUACCACCUCUUAAUAAAUCAAGCACCUUAACUGGGGUACCGCAUAACUUUCAGAUUCCUCUUCCACCUCAGCCUAAACCAGUUAUUAACAUAGAGGAAAGAACUGAAGAAGAGACACCACCACCAGCAUAUGAUCCAUUGCCAGACUUUAAACCAUUGGUACCGCUUCCAAAGGAAAUAGAAGUUAAUACUGGAGAAGAAGGAGAAGAAAUUCUUUUUGAGAGGAGAGCAAAGUUAUUUAGAUUUAUUGAUUCAGAAUGGAAAGAAAGAGGAGUGGGUAUUUUAAAAAUUCUUAAGCAUAAAGUUAAUGGUAAAUAUAGAAUUGUAAUGAGAAGAGAACAAAUACACAAGAUUUGCGCAAAUCAUUUUCUCACGCCUGAUGUUAAUCUGGAGCCUAAAGCAAAUGCUGAUAAAGCAUGGGUUUGGGUAGCGAAUGAUUUUGCUGAUGAAGAAGUGAGAGUUGAAAAGUUUUGUGCAAGAUUUAAAACCCCAGAAGACAGUGCAGAUUUCAAAAAAGUAUUUGAUGAUGUUAAAAAGGAAUUAGAAAAUGUCAAAGAUUUACCAUUAGCUGAUACCAUUCCUGAAAAUGAAUUAAAUAAAACAACUGUUCCUGAAAAUUUGCAACGUAAUAGUACAGGUUUCGGUUCUUCAACAGAAACCAGCUAUACUUUCACAAAUUCACUAUUUAAAUUACCUUCUACUACUCAUAAUGUAGAAAUUUCUAAUAAUAAACCAUUCCUGCUUUCUGGAAAUGUUGAUGGCCAUGUUCAACCAGCUGUUUCACAGAGCAAAACUAACUUAGGAGGGUUCAGUUUUUCAUUAGCACAACCAAAACUGAAACUUCCUGAAGAACCCAAAGAAGUGAAAGUAGAAACCACCAAGGAAAAUAGUAACCCAUUUUCUAAAUUAUCUUUUGGUACAUCAGGUGCAGCUCAAGAUAAUUCCAAUUCUUUUGGUUCAAUUUUUGGAGGCAAAACAAAUGUAGUGUUUGGAACUGACAAGUCCAAAUCUGUUUUUGAAUUGAAAAAAACCUUUGGCGAAACUAAGACUGAUGCGGGGGAAAACCUAUUUAACUUAAAUUUUCAAAAGACUGAUGAAGAAAAAAGUAAGAAGUUAGAUGAAAGUCUCCAGGGGGGAGCCACUAAAAAUGUUGAUGCUAAAUCUCAUUUACCAUUGUCCAGUGUUAUCAAGUCAGUACCUGGUUCAUGGGAAUGUAAAUCUUGUUAUAUUCGAAACAAAUUAGAACUAAAUCAAUGUGAAGCAUGUGGUGCUAAAAAACCUGGUAGUUCUGUAGAUAUUAAACCUGAGAAUAAUAAAUCUAUGGCAUCUAAUGAGACUAAUAAAGCAUCUCCAGUCACAGGCCUCAGUAUUGAAAAACCUAGCCUUUUUAAUUUCUCAAAGCAUCCCCCUGGAUCUUGGGAAUGUAAAUCUUGUUAUAUUCGCAACAAGUCUGACCUAAAUCAAUGUGAAGCAUGUGGUGAUAAAAAACCUGAUGGUUCUUUAGACCCCAAACCUGAGAUAAAUAAAUUUGUAGCUCCAAAGGAAGUCAGUAAAACAUCUUCACAGGAUCAAAUUUCAGGUCUGAAUCUGAAAAGUGAACAACCUAGUCUUUCUAGUUUAUUAAAACCUUCUCCUGGCUCUUGGGAAUGUAAAUCUUGCUAUGUCCGUAAUAGAUCUGAUGUACAUACAUGUGAAGCCUGUGGUGAUAAGAGACCUGGUAGUGUUGUUGAUACUUCUGCGAAAAAUGAUGCUGCACCAGGUUUUGUAUUUGGAGGAUCAUCUCAACCAACUACCGACUCCCCCAAAUUUACUUUUGGCUCUGGUAGCACAUUCAGCUUUCCAUCGAGUAGCACUUUCAGUUUUAAUGCUUCUACUAUCAAAUCAAAUAAAGAAACCACUAGCACUGUUGCUUCCCAGAAACCAGAGUUGGGAUUUACAUUUCCUCCAUCAUCUGAAACAGUUUCUCAAUUUGGAUUUGGAAAAUCAGAAUUCAAAUUUACUAUGCCAGAAGUUAAACAAACUAAUACUUCAAUUAAUAAAUCCCUUGAUGAAUCUCAUGAUAGUGAACCAGAAGAAGAAGAAGAUCAUUUACAAUUUCAACCUGUCAUUCCCUUGCCUGAUAAAAUAACUGUUGUGACUGGAGAAGAAAAUGAGACUGUUUUGUAUUGUAAGAGAGCAAAAUUAUUUCGAUAUGACUCAUCUUCAAAAGAAUGGAAAGAAAGAGGUGUUGGAGAUGUUAAAAUUUUAAAGCACAACAUUUCUGGAAAGAUAAGAUUCCUCAUGAGGAGAGAUCAGGUUAUGAAAAUUUGUUUAAAUCAUUUUAUUACUGAUGAAAUUAUCUUGAGACCAAAGGAUGACAAGACAUGGCUGUGGUAUGCUGUUGAUUAUUCAGAAGGAGUUGAGACAAAGGAAAAUUUUGCUAUUCGAUUUAAGUCAUCUGAUAUUGCACAAGAGUUCAAACAAGCAUUUGAUAAUGCACUUACAAAUGAAAAUGAUUUAUCACUAUGUACGUCCGUGGAAGGAACUCCUAUUCAUAAACAGGAUGAGGAGAAGUCUUCUAAUAAAGAAUUAGUUAAUGAUGCUACUGCUAGUGUAUCAAAUUCAGAUAGUGACAUUGAAAUUAUUUAUGAACAGAAAGCGCCUCCAGAACUAGUUGAAAAAGCAUUAGCUUUAAAACUUCCUGCAAACUUUUAUUGUUAUUUGGAAAAACCACCAUGUCCGGGUUGCUGUGGCUGUGAAGCAGAUAAUGAGGAUGAACAAGAGAAGUGUGAAGUGAAGAAACCUCCUUCUAAAGAUUCUGAUAACCUAAACAAAACAAGUAUUAAUGACUCUCAACAACCAAAUAAGGAAAUAAAUCAGGUCAUUGCAGAGGAUAAAAAACCUAUUCCCUUUAGCUUUAACCCAAAUCCAAUUGUGGAAGGAUUUUCUUUUGCGAGUGCAUUGAAACCUAAUGAAAGUAAAACUAUUGGAGAUAAUUCAAGCAGAUAUUUUUUCAAAAAUGAUUCUUCAUUCAGUAGUCCUGCCCCUGUUAAUAGCAUAUUUGGAUCAGGAAAAAGCACAUUUGGUGGUGAAGGUUUUUCAUUUAAAUCGAUUGCUGAAACUUCAAUUCCUGGUAAUGAUGCUAUGCCAUUUACUUCUUUUGCAUCAUCUGCUAACACCUUUAGUUUUGGAGGAGCCAAUGAAAAUUUUAAGUGGGAAGGUGCAGGAUCCCAAUUAUUUGCAGAUAUUAAAAAUAAAGCUCCUGCACCUGCAAAAGAUGAUCAAGAUGAUGGAGAUAGUGAUAACGCAGAAGCUGAUGAUGAUCAUGACCCACAGUUUGCUCCUAUAGUUCCCCUCCCUGAAAAAAUUGAUUUAAAAACUGGGGAAGAAGAUGAAGAUGUUGUUUUUUCAGAGAGAGGACUGUUGUACAGGUUUGACAACAAAGAAUGGAAACAAAGAGGUACAGGUGAAAUGAAAAUAUUGAAGCAUAAAACAAAAAAUAAUUACAGACUAGUCAUGAGGAGAGAACAAGUUUACAAAUUAGUUUGCAAUCACCUGAUACCAGCAGAUUUUGAAUUGAAACCUAAAUCUGAGAAAGCAUUUUGUUGGUCUGCCCUUAAUUACUGUCCUGAAAAGAGUGAUGAUCAGCCCGUGUCUGAAAAUUUGUGCAUAAGGUUCAAGGAUGAAUUACUUGCGAACAAGUUCAAAACAGCUAUUGAAAAUUGUUUAAAAUCAUUAAGAGAAAACGGCUCCAGUACAUAGAAUAUUUCAUUAGCAAGUUUUAAGAAAAUGGAUAAAUUAUAAAACAGAAAAGAAAAAAAAAAAAUAUGGAUAUGUUGUAAGCAAACCUUGUAAGUUUUUUUAGUCAUGAUAACAUAAACCAUGUAUUUUAGCUAAGUAUGUUAUUUUCUGAAGUGAAUUAAUUUUUAUCACUUCUAUUUAUAUUUAAUGUGAUAAACUAGUGUAAAAAUUAAUGAAUAGCAAGAUGAUAGUUUUCUUUUAAGAUUUCUAAUCACCUUCCUAUCAGUAAAGACUUUGAUUCAUAUUUUUAAUUUUCAUUUGUAAAUUGUAAUUUUUUUUUAAAUUGUAUUUUAAAUACAGAUAGUAUCGUGUAGCAUUGUGACAUGGAAUUGUAUUAUAAUGUUGUAUAAUAAAUAUAUGUAAAUCAUUUGAAUUUAAUUAAUUUGGUUAUGACAAG